AUGAUGCUCGCUGUUCUUCUUCUGCCCGUUUUGGGAAGUUUUUCUGAAGCGGCGAUUGCUAAUUAUUAUGAUGUUGGUUCAGGUGUUCAGGUAAAAUUUUUCAUGAAGUAUUUUUCAUUUUACUUUUUUGUCUUUUUGAAGAUUUUUGUGAAUUUUCAGACUGGUGGGUCGAAUCCGAACGUCGCUCUCGGUUCCUAUUGCAUAUCUGACGCCAACUGUGGGAUGGGCCAGGCUUGUACGCCUUCUGUGAAUGGAGUCAAGAUUUGUCUGCCUUCUAAUGGAGGAAGUGCGCCUGGUUCAGGUUUGUAGUGUUUAUUUUGAAUGAUAUUACCUAAAACAGAUUAUUGAGGAUCUUUAUUUUUUUAUUCUUUUCCAAGAAUCAUCAAACUUGGUACUUUUUGUGAAUGAGAACACCUAGAGGGUAGUAAUUUGAAAAAUUAAUUCAUUUUGUUAUUUUUAAGAAUCUUUUCAUAAUCUUGCCGAGUUUCUCUGAAGAUCUUCACUGGUAGAUCUCUAAUCUUGAAAAAUGAUUUGAUUCAUUUUUAAAAAAAAAAAUUUUUACUGAUUUUUCCCCAUUUUCAAAAGAUAUAAAACCUGAUCAGAAGUAUGACCAUUCGAAGGAUAUUAGGUAUUUUUUUAAAGUAAGGUAAAAUUCAUAAUUUCAACAUUUCAAAUCAACUGACGCUAAAAUAAUCGAAAAAAAUAUUGUCAUGAAAAACUACUAUUUUUUUAACAAUUAGCAAAGCACUUUUGGAAGAAAAUUUUUUUCGACUUGUUCCAAAGAUUUUAGUGCCCCUGAUACCUGUGAAAAAAAAAAACAUUCAAAGUUCCACUUCCCCUUUUCAAGUAGGGCCAUUGAAAAACGUUUGAAUAGUCCAUUCAUCGUUUUUGAAGUCUCGGCUUGAGUCUUCCGCCACCUGACUUUUUAGGAAUAAUUUUCCUUGAGACGUUUGCUAGGAAGUUUUUUCAAAAUAAUUAUGUCUGAGGUUCAGUAAGUGCAAAUAUACUUCCUAUAGGACUGAACUUCCGGAAAAAGGCCAAAAAAAUAUCUUGGAAGUUGAAAACGAAUUCGAAAUUGGGUGGAGAAGAAGUUUUUUUCAAAAAAACACGUCAUUAAUUUAUCGCUAUCAAAAAAAUAAAGGGAAGUCUUGAAAUUUUUUUGACUGAUUAGUGAGAUUUCAACCGAAUUUCAAGAAACGUCGUAAGAAAUAUAUAACUAGAAGUAAGAGGUGCGAAUAGAAAUAAAAAUAUGACUCCAUUAAUACGAGAAAAUUUGGUUUCUUGAAGCUCACAAGGGAGGUUUACUUUGCAGUUGGGGUUUUCUCAAAUUUGGCUAGAACACUCUUUGAUGUACCACAAAAAGAUUCUAGAAGCCUCAACCUGCCAAACUUUCUACUUUUCGAGAAAAGACGCUGCAAAGAAAACGCUCAAAAUCCAUCAAAAUGAGCUUUUUCGGGACUUUAGAGCCGUAUUUCUUGAGGUCUAGGAAGUUUUGCAGGUUGAGACUUUCAGAAUAUUCUCCUGGUACUUUAAGAAGUGUUCUGGCCAAUUUUCAGGAAAAUCCCAGUCGCAAAGUAAAAUGACCUCCUUGUCGGAAGAAAUUUUGAAGAAAUGAUGACGUCACCAUGAAAUUUAACAGAAAUGUACUUAUGCUUCAACUAGCUCAUAAAUUUUGUUGAAACCUCAGUAAACGUUGCUUUAAUGACGUCAUUCAUAGAGUCAGUGGAAAAAUAUGACAUCAUAAAUAAUAAAAAUGACGUCAUUAGGUUCCUGCUCGUCCAGCUCUCAAUGUCCCAGCGGCCAGACCUGCACGAUGCUGAACGGCGUGGCUCGGUGUGAGGUUCAAGUCGGAGGCUAUGUCCCGGGAUACGGUAGCGGAACUGGAUACGGUAGCGGCUCCGGCUACAACGUCGGCAACGGCGUCGGCUACUCAGGUUGAAACGUGACGUCAUCACUUGCACCACUGUACACUUCACUGUAUGUUUUAUCAUCGUGUAAUAAAGAAGUCUCUAUGUUUUCAUGUUGCAUGUUGCACUGUUGGGAUUAAAGGCGCAUGGGGGCGGAGCUUCCGCAUCGAGAUUAUUUUUGCAGCUUUGGGCAUGGUUCUUUGGAAAAAUCAUAAAAUUUGAUCUUUUUUUAGAAUUUUUGUACAGAAUGUGUAGGUUACGAAAGUUCGAUUUUUUGAAAUUCCAUAUUUUUUGAAGAGAUAUUUGGCACUGAGACAUAAAUACAAGAAGUUUUUCGAGUUGAUUUUUUUGGAUUCUUUAAAAUUCACCUUUUUGACUGAAGAGGCAUAUUGAGGGGGCCAGUAAUUUUUGGAAUUUCCUCUCUUUUUUUUUCAAAAACCUCAUCAAACCCCAACAACUAGACCAUUAAGCUUUAGACCCCCAAUAAAUUUUCCUGGAAAUUGAAACCGAAAAAUGUAAUAGAAGUGGUUAUUUAUUCGAAUUUUAGCUUAUGAUCCUUAAAAGGUCAAUUUUCAUAUUUAAAAAAAAGUUUAGGCAAUUGUUUUCAAAGUGAAUUUGCGCUAAAAUUGCUCCAGGGCCUUUUUUCUUAAAAGUCCUGAAUUUUCCGAAUUUUUCCUAAGGAUCCGAACCCUCGACCCCUGUUUCACAAACAAAGCUCUUCUCCACUGAGCUAUAAAGAUGAUAAAAUUCAGGAAAACUCAACGAAACAUGUACCAAAGACGCAGACUGCAAUGAAACUCUAAGCUGUACGAAAUACUAUGGAAAGUUGCUCUGUCGGGUGGGAAAACCACUUAAGUGACCUCUUGAGUGCCCACUUUUCAGCCGACGAUAGGAAAUAUUCUGCAACAGGCGACCCGUUGUAGAACCGAGUCCGACUGUCCUCAUCCAGAGUUUUUGUGCGUUUUUAGCACGGCUCUCCACGACAAGAUCUGCUACAAGUAUGGAGGUACGGUGGUUUGGGGAUACUGUAGUUUUGGAAGUUUCGAUGGUCUUUUUGUAUCGAUUUUUCGGUGGGAAGCUCUUAAAAAUGUUAUCUUAGGAGUUUUAAAGUGGUCCCUAUAGGGAUCAGAGGAAAAACAGCUCCUAUAGAGGCCGAAAAAGAGCUCCCUAUAGUGGUAAAAUCAAGGUGGUCCCUAUAGGGGUUUAGGGUUUGACCACGUAGCCCUUAAAGCUUAAGUGGUCCCUGUAGGGGUUUUUCAAAAAACGCUUUUUAUCUAGUUUUUUGCAUGGACAUGCUUUCUUUUUUUCAUUUUUGCAAAUUUUUGUGGCCCCUAUAGGGAAAUGGUCCUUAGGGCCCCCAAGGCACCCCUAUAGGGACCACUUUAAAGUUUCAAAGUGGCUUAACGAUUUUUUGAAAAAUCCUUUAAAAAGUUGAUUGUUCUUGAUCAUCUACCAUUCGAAAAUAGGAUCCUUAUCUUUUUUUUUCUUAAAAUAUUUUUUCACAGACCUUUUUGGGAGUUUUCAAGUACAGAUUUGGGAUGAUCAGAGAAUUCAGAAAAACCUCCAGAAACCAUCACCGACGGCUACGUCAUCCCCCUCCGUCACAUCAUCGUCAACAAGCCUUCUUCCACGACGGCAACCAGGAUCCCCACGACGACGACGUCAACCACAACUUCUGCCUCGCCUCAACAGAUCUACGUCCCUUACAAGGAGUCCCAAGCGGUGUUCAUCGGCGACGGCGUCGAGUUGGCCAACAGCCAGAAUGCUCCGUCUGACGUCAUUGGUGGGUGACGUCACUCUGUGGUUUUUGCAUGAAUAAACUUGUGUUUGUCUGUCGUCUACCUCUGUGAAGUCUUUGUGCGAACCUCUGUUUUGUUUUUUCAAGUAAAUCAGUAUAAUGACGUCAUCUUCGAGAAAAUUAGUUCAUAAUGACGUCAUAAUUGGAUUUUUUCAAUGUGUGUCUUUUGUCCUUUCUUGUGAUGUUUUUCCUUUUUUCAAUAAAAAAAAAUUUUUCUCAUUUGAGAAAAGCAUGACAGUGACGUCAUCAAAAUCAACAUGACUUCACCUCCGGCCUAUAAACGAGAGGAGCAGUCGUACCUGAUUGAUCCAGCCGCGUCAGUUUGCGAAUUUGAUUAUCAGGUACGAAGUUUUCUGAGGAGGCUUUUGAAUCUGAACGAACUAGAAAUUGUGUUGGGUUCCCCGCUGCGCCUUUAAUUUUUUAUGUUAUAACAAAAUUCUGAUCUCUCUGCACCCUUUUUUUUCUCGGCGAUAAUCUCGCGUUAACGAGCUGUUUUGAUAUUUAUGAGAUUUUCGGCGAGGGGAAAGAGAGUGCAGACAGGUCAGAUUCUUAAGGUCAUUCCGAAUGGGCUCUAGAUGGUUGUGAAAAUUUAGCAUUCCCAAAAUUUUGAUAACGCAAACCGGAAGCGCCCGGGUCGUUUCUGAGUAUUUCCAAGGACCUCUUUAGCGGUGUCAGAACUCUCAAGUGAUCCCUAGAAAUGUCGAGAAACGUCUGAUUUGCAUUACCGAGGCCCGAAAAGGAUUUAUUUAAAAUAAUUCAAAAUUAUCCCUGUCUCUCCAAAAUUUAGUUGUCUUUUCCAAUUUCUGACUAUUUUUUGAAUUUCGCGGCAUAACUUUGGAGACGGCGUGAAAUUUGGCAGUCCCAAAUAUUUCAAGCUGAUUUUUUUCAAGAUAAAAUUUGGCAGUCCCAAAUAUUUCAAGAUGAAAUUUGGCAGUCCCGAAAUUCUUGAAAUCAAAAAAACAGUCUGAUAAUUUACGUCAUCACCUGCCAGCAUGACGUCACGAAUCCCAUGACAAAAAUUCCUCUCAGAAGACUGAACAAAUAUCUCUUUUUCAGUGCCGAAUGGGUGAAUCGUGCUCGGCCGUACUGCGAUUCGUCGACAGAAACGUUACCACCUGCCAGUAUGACGUCACGAAGCAGCACCGCCAGUGCGUCUACCACUCGGACUGCCUCUCCGGACAGGUUGGAAUGGCUGACCGCAACGCGCGACCACGACGCGUCUUCAGAGAUGCAUGCCGACGGCGACGAAGAAUUUGGCCACGUGUGAGCCGAGUAUCGCGGCGACGCUUGGAGAAAUCGGAUGUUUUUACGAUUUUGACUGUUCUGGUGGAGAGAAGUGCACUCUGGUCGACAAGGAGAAGAAGGUACGGGGGGGUAUUUUUUUGAGAGGAUCGAUUAGGUAGUUUCUGUGGCUUCUUUGAGAGCCAAGACAAUUUUAAAAAGUGUUUUUUGAAUUUUUACUUUUCAUUUUGGAGUAAAAGGUCUUGAAAAGACCCUAGAGGCACCACUUUGACUCCCCGGAAACUCUGAAGGGACCACUUCAGAAGCAAACAACUGGCAGAACCCUCUAGAGUCUGAGAAAUUUCUGAGUGGUCCCUGUAGGGAUCUGUUGUGUUAAGGACCCUUAUAGGGGAAAAAUAGGGCCUCUAUGGAACCCCCUAUAGGGACCCCUUGAAAGUUUCUCAGGUAUUGAAAAAAAAAUCAAAGAAUCAUAAUCAACCUCUUUGGUUUGAAAGACCUUGUUCAACUCUUAAGGGACCACUUUGACAGCAAAGAACCCUUGUAGAACUCAAAAUGACCACUUAAGUGCAUUUUUCAGAUUUUCCGCUGCCGACCAUCUACAGUUCCUGACCCCCGCCGAAAUCAACUCUGCUCCACAAAUUCUCAAUGUCCAUUCCAACAAGUGACGUCAUUAUACACCUUCCUGAUGACGUCAUUUAUUCUAAGGUUUGCCGAAGAGCGACCGGAAUCGCCAUGUGUGUCGACGUCACGGCUUCUGAAAAUCCGUCGUUGAUCCAGGAAAAAGUCGUCCAGUUCGUUCGGGACUUCCUUUUCAGGACACUAUGA